AUGGCAACAUCAGCACAAAGGCGUGAACAAUUAGAAUAUCAUCUAAAAUCUUUCAGGGAGAUUGCAGAUCAGCGCGUUAAUGAAAAGAUAAUUCAAUGGAGUUAUCAUUUACCAGCCUUAGUGUCAUCAGCUAUUUUUAUCUGCCAAAUAGCUAACACAAUAAUAUUUGCAACUUUUGCUUAUAAUUUUGGACAGCUUAAUAAUUUAUUAUAUGAAUAUAUGUUAGAAACUGAUGCUAUGAAUAUUACACUUCCAAAUUCAACUUCCAAAUUUAAAUUAGAUGGGGUUAAUGCUGAAAGAUUAAAUCAAAUUGAUAAUUACCAUGAUCAACUUUGGAAUUUAUUUAUAGCGGAAGUUAUAGAACUUAUUUUUCCUGCUAUCAAUUUGUGUAUGUUUGCUUGGAUAAUUAAAGAUAAAAAUAGGAGAUUUCCAACAAGAAUACAAUAUAUUUAUUUGCUAUGCCCAGCUUUGGCAUUAAUUCUUUCAAUAACACAAGCAUUAACAAUUCAUACAAGCAUUACAGAAUCAAUUUACACUAUUCGCUUCUUAUUAGCAAAACUAUUAAAUCAGUUAUUAGAACUAAAUCGAAAUGGUCGUCUCCCUAUUGAGGAUUAUUUUGAAUGUGAAUUUUUUAAUGAUGAUGAUAUUGUGAAACCACCCUGUUCCGGUCAAAUUCAUGAUACAGUACUGAGCAAAUCCUCGUUAACUGUUGUUAUAACAAUUCAUAUAAUUCCAAUAAUUAUUGCUGUAUAUUUACUCAUUAAAAAUCUAAAGUCAAAUAAGCUUGAACAUCUAUUUCUUUACAUUGAAAGUGUCCCGCCUCAAAAUGCGUCAAAAUAUGAGAAGAAAAAUAUUUUUGAAAGUAAUGACAGAAUAUUCCAAAAUGAACAGAAAAAUGUGAGUGGAGGUAACAAUAAUAAUACAAGCUUAAAAGAGACAAUAAAUGGAUUACUUGCUGGGUUUAAUGUUAAAUUUAUAACAAAAAAGAUAUUUUGUGAGCACAUGCCCAAAUCAAACAGCAACCACACUGGAAGGCAAAGUGCUGACCCUAUUUCAGUUCAAAAUCUGAGACAGAUGCAAACAAAUGAAAAACAGAAAGAUGAAACUUGUUUUUAG